GCUCUGCCCACUUCAUCACAAACACACGGCAUUCAUUGAUCGCGCUCUCCUCCUGCUUCUUCCUCCUCCCCUCUCUUCUCAAUCCACGUAACUCUUUGCAAUUCCCCUGGCUGGCCUGCUUCCAUCUCAUUCCAAAUCCACCACCAUGCUGCUGCUGUCGCUGCCGCGCCGCAGCAGGCCUCCCCUCCUCUUCCUCUUCCUCUUUCUCCUCCUGCUCGCUCCGCCGCCUACCGCUAAAGCCGCCGCCGCCCACCACCACCCCGCCGGCGACGGCGUCGUCAUCUCCCAGGCCGACUACCAGGGCCUCCAGGCCAUCCGCCACGACCUCUCCGACCCCUACGGCUUCCUCCGCUCCUGGAACGACUCCGGCCUCACCGCCUGCUCCGGCGCCUGGCUCGGCAUCAAGUGCGUCCUCGGCAGCGUCGUCGCCAUCACGCUCCCCUGGCGGGGCCUCGGCGGCACCCUCUCCCAGCGGGGCCUCGGCCAGCUCACCCGACUCCGCAGGCUCAGCCUCCACGACAACGCCAUCGCGGGCCCCAUCCCGGCAUCCCUCGGCUUCCUCCCCGACCUCCGCGGCCUCUACCUCUUCAACAACCGCUUCUCCGGCGCCCUCCCCGCCUCCCUCGGCGCAUGCCUCGCGCUCCAGUCCUUCGACGCCAGCAACAACCGCCUCACCGGCGCCAUCCCGGCCGCCAUCGCUAACUCCACCAAGCUCAUCCGCCUCAACCUCAGCCGCAACGCGCUCUCUGCUGACAUCCCCGCCGAGGUCCUCGCCUCCGCCUCCCUCCUCGUCCUCGACCUCUCCUACAACAACCUCUCCGGUCCCAUCCCCGACGCAUUCGCAGCCUCCACCAACUCCCCUUCUUCCAAGCUCCUCAACAACAACAAGGAGGCCAUCACCGGGGCAUACCAGCUCGCCUUCCUCAGCCUCGCGCACAACUCCCUCGACGGGCCCAUCCCGGACUCGCUUGCAAAGCUCACCAAGCUCCAGGACCUCGACCUCUCCGCCAACAACCUCAACGGCACCAUCCCCGCCAACCUCACCGCCACGCUCCGCUCCUUCAACGUCUCCUACAACAACCUCUCCGGCGCCGUGCCAGCCGCCCUCGCCCGCAAGUUCGGGGAGCCCGCAUUCACCGGGAACAUCCAGCUCUGCGGCUACUCUGCUUCCACGCCCUGCCCGGCCUCCCCGCCAUCCCCUGCGCCGUCAGCGCCGUCCUCACCCGCCGAGGAGUCCCGCGGCCGCCGCAAGUUCAGCACCAAGGAGCUUGCACUCAUCAUUGCCGGGAUCGUCGUCGGCGUCCUCAUCCUGCUGCUCCUCUGCUGCCUCCUCCUCUGUUUCCUCACAAGGAAGAGGUCUACCGCCGCAGCAGGAGCAAGGACGAGCGGCAAGCAGCAGGCGCCCAAGGAUGCCGCCGCCGGAGCCGCGGCCGCCGGACGCGGCGAGAAGCCAGGCUCCGGCGCCGCGGAGGUGGAGUCCGGCGGCGACAUCGGCGGCAAGCUCGUGCACUUCGACGGGCCGCUCGCCUUCACGGCGGACGACCUGCUGUGCGCCACCGCCGAGAUCAUGGGGAAGAGCACCUACGGCACCGUGUACAAGGCCACGCUCGAGGACGGCAGCCUGGUGGCCGUCAAGCGCCUCAGGGAGAAGAUCACCAAGGGACACAAAGACUUCGAGGCCGAGGCGGCGGUGCUCGGCAGGAUCCGCCACCCCAACCUGCUGCCGCUCAGGGCCUACUACCUGGGGCCAAAGGGGGAGAAGCUGCUCGUCUUCGAUUACAUGCCCAAGGGCAGCCUCACCUCGUUCUUGCACGCUCGCGCUCCGAACACGCCGGUGGACUGGGCGACGCGGAUGACAAUCGCCAAGGGCACAGCCCGUGGCCUGGCCUACCUCCACGACGACAUGAGCAUCGUGCACGGCAAUCUGACUGCCAGCAACGUCCUCCUCGACGAGCAAUGCAACCCCAAGAUCUCCGACUUCGGGCUGUCCCGGCUGAUGACGACGGCGGCGAACUCGAACGUGCUGGCCGCUGCGGGCGCGCUGGGGUACCGCGCGCCGGAGCUGUCGAAGCUGAAGAAGGCGAACGCCAAGACGGACGUGUACAGCCUGGGCGUGAUCAUCCUGGAGCUGCUGACGGGCAAGACCCCCGCCGAGAGCACGAACGGCAUGGACCUGCCACAGUGGGUGGCCUCCAUCGUCAAGGAGGAGUGGACCAGCGAGGUGUUCGACCUGGAGCUGAUGCGCGACGCCGCGGCAGAUCCCGUCGGGGACGAGCUGAUGGACACGCUCAAGCUAGCGCUCCACUGUGUGGACCCGGUGCUGUCGGUGCGGCCUGAGGCCCGGGAGGUGCUGCGGCAGCUCGAGCAGAUCAGGCCGGGGUCAGAUGGCGGCGCCGGGCCAAGCGAGGAAGGUGGUGGUGCUCAUGUGCUGGCGGCUUCUGCAGGAGACGAGUAGCGCCGCUAGCACCAGUUGUGCAAGGCAAACCGCAAAGGCAAGAAUUACGUGAAGAAAAGGAAUCGUUUAGGUAGAGAGAGAGAUAUAUAUAUAUCUAGAAAUUCUUUGAUUCGUUUGAUCGCGAAGUAUUACUUCUACUUCUACCACUGGCGUUGCUAGGUAGUAAUUUUCAGUUUGUAUAGGCAAAUGUUAUUUUUGCACUAGAAUCAAUGGCUGUAUGUAGCAGCCUAGGAACAAGGAUGGAAAAAGAGGAGAAAUAUUACUAGUAGUAUAAUAAUGCAUUUUCUAUUUGAUUUACUUGUCCAUCAAUGUUUGUGAGGAUGGUGGUGAAUUAGUGACGAUGAUGAAUAGAAUACUGAAUUUGCCA